AUGCAAACACGUUCAAUAUUAGAUACAAGUUCAAGUAAUUUAUUUACAAAUAUUGAACGGUUAGGUAGACGUGAUUUAUUAUCCUAUGGACAACUUUCAUAUGAUACUAUAUUAACAUCAAUCCAAAAACAAACAAUAAUUGCUAGUUCAUCAAUAAUAUCAUCAUCAGAUAAUAUUCUUAUUGAACUUGUUGAAGAAUUAUAUGCACAUACAAAACAAUCAUCAACAUUAGCAUAUGAAGCAUUACUUUUAUUACCUAAAGUUAAUGAAUGGACUUUAUUAUCAAUGACAAAUAUUACACAAAGAAAAAUCACUAUGUUUUUAUUGAUGUUAUCACGUUUCAGUGUUCGUUUCGAAGAAUCAGGCAAUCGUUUAUUUCUUAUUGCUGAUCGAAAAUAG